GCAAUUGUAAUUAUGGGCUCUGAUAAGAUAAAGGAGGGCGCGGGGAGCGCGGGGACCGGCAGCGGGGCACGGCCGGCAAAUUAGCAGCUGUCACUCAGCGCUGAGCAGGCGGCGCCGGCCCCGGCCAGGUACCGGCCCCGGGGGCGCCCGCUCCGCCGCCGCAGCCCCCGCCCCGGUGCGCAACAGGUGGCGGGGCCGGAGCGCCGGGGCUCGCCCAACAAUGCAGCCCUCGGCGGCCCUGCCCGGGCUGCGGGGCUGACCCCGCACCGCCGCCACCGCCCCCAGCGCCCCAUGGCCCCGCACCGCAGGCCCUGAGGGCGCCCGCCCGCAACGCAGGACGAGCCGGCAGGGCGAGAGGAGCCGAGGCAGAGCCGCGCCCCCGGGCGCUCCCCGCCGCGAUGGACCCGUGCUCCUCGCUCUUCAGCUACGUGUUAAUGCACUUGUUCGUCCUCUGCCUCCAAGCCCAGGUAACUGUUCAGUCCCCACCUAAUUUUACACAGCAUGUGAGGGAGCAGAGCCUGGUGACGGAUCAGCUCAGCCGGCGGCUCGUCCGUACCUACCAGCUGUACAGCCGGACCAGCGGGAAACAUGUGCAGAUCUUGGACAACAAGAAAAUCAAUGCGAUGGCAGAGGAUGGGGAUGUGCACGCCAAGCUCAUCGUGGAGACAGACACCUUUGGGAGCCGCGUACGCAUCAAGGGGGCGGCCACAGGUUUCUACAUCUGCAUGAACAAGAAGGGCAAGCUGAUCGGCAAGAGCAAUGGCAAAGGCAAGGACUGUGUCUUCACGGAGAUCGUCCUGGAGAACAACUACACGGCGCUGCAGAACGCCAAAUAUGAGGGCUGGUACAUGGCCUUCACCCGCAAGGGCCGCCCGCGCAAGGGCUCCAAGACCCGGCAGCACCAACGGGAGGUGCAUUUCAUGAAGAGGCUUCCCAAGGGCCACCAGACCACUGAGCCCCACAGACGCUUUGAGUUCCUCAACUACCCCUUCAACCGGAGAAGUAAAAGGACUAGAAACUCCAGUUCCAGGGUGGGCCCUUGACUUGCCUGACUCUGCCUGCCCUG